GUGGUCGCAUCGCGGCCUUGCAAACUCCCACCAUGCGACAUAUCCCUCUUAAUGUCUAUGGCGUCUGUCAACUUAUUUUACAAAGCUAGGAUAUUUGUCUUUGCUACAGACUCAAUUUCUAGAUGAUCCCUGCUAGAAAGUGGCUGAGGCAACUUCCGGUGCGCGCAAGCUGAGAGUAUGGAUUCGACGGACCCCGGUCCGUCGCAGGACACCCCCGAUCAUGGCAUUACGCAAGCGCCGACUCCCCAAAACGACGACACGCCAUCGUCCGAACAAGCGACUACGAGAUCUACAGAAUCUCCUGGCGGUGACCACAGCACCGUUUUCGAUGAACGGCCACCGCCCCUUCCCCCGCGCCCAGGCACAUUGAAUCUGUUGGAUGAAGGAGGGGCAUCUCUCCGGGUACCGCGGCAACCUGCACAACCGGCUCUCCAGUCCAGGGCUACAACGGCAGUAUCUCUCCCAGACGUUGCUUCGCAAGAUACAGGGAAGGAUACUUUGGCUGUGCGCAAUUUACAGGGCGCACUGAAGGCUAAGGCGAGCCUUAGCCACUUAGCCAGCCCAAGAGGAAGCGAAGCCGGCGAUACUGCUAGUAUCAGGAGCACAAUACCUCAAGGAGAUUUAGGCGACGUCGAAAAUGUCUUCGGUGACUUUCUGGCAACGGAGCCUGGUCUUAUUCGCCAGCCUAACACGGGACUCUUGCAAUUUCCGGAGUUCCAAGCUGACGACGUAGAAGACGAUUUUGCCUCGGAGUUUGAGCCAGUUGGAGACGUCGGCGAAGAAGGGGAGAACGAAGGUAUGCAUAGUUCGCAGGUAACGGACCUUGCAUUCGCUAACCAACAAACCCGUGCAGAACUGGUUCUGGAAAAUUGGAAGUCGAAACGCAAACACUACAUUAUCCUUUCAGCUGCUGGCAAACCGAUAUGGACGCGACAUGGUGACGGUGGUCUGAUAUCGACCUAUGUUGGCGUCAUUCAGACUAUCAUCUCGUUCUAUGAAGAUUCCAAAGACCGUCUAAGCAGUUUCUCUGCCGGUGAUACAAAGUUCGUGGUGGUCAACAAGGGGCCUUUGUACCUGGCUGCGAUCAGUCGCAUGCUUGAGAGUGAAACGCAGCUCAAACUUCAGUUGGAAGCCCUGUACAUGCAAAUCUUGUCUACUUUGACCCUUCCGUCCUUAACCCACCUCUUCUCUAUCCGCCCUUCUACCGACCUCAAGCGGCCCCUCCAAGGCUCUGAGACGCUUCUAUCUACGUUAGCCGACAGCUUUACGAAGGGGUCCCCAUCCACGCUGCUUUCCGCAUUGGAAUGCCUCAAGAUCCGCAAGUCUCAUAGGCAAGCGAUCAAUAACACUCUCCUAAAGACCAAGGUCAACGGCCUUCUCUAUGGCUUGGUCGUGGCAGGUGGUCGGCUUGUCAGUGUUGUCCGGCCUAAAAAGCAUUCUCUGCAUCCCGGCGAUUUGCAGCUGCUUUUCAACAUGAUCUUCGAAGCUGAAGCUGUUAAAGCUGGUGGUGGCGAAAGCUGGAUUCCCGUGUGCCUACCAGGCUUCAACAGCAGUGGGUACCUCUACAUGUAUGUCAGCUUCCUCGAUCUCCGAGAGGACUCUGGCAAUACUGCCGACGAUACAACCACGAAAGAGGAGUCUGUUGCCAUCAUUCUGAUAAGCGCCAAUAAAGAAAGCUUCUUUGAAAUGCAAGGCAUGCGCGAUGCAUUCGUCGAGCAAUUAGAGAAGAAUGGCAGUCUCAAAAUCAUCAGAGAAGCCGUUGACAAGGGCCGCCCCAGCACAACAGACAUAGUUCCAGGGACCGUCCUGCACCACUUCCUUUACAAGUCACGGGCCAACGUACAAUUCACCAUGUCCGCGUAUGACCCCGAAUUUGCCUCGGUAUCCCGACGUCGCAGGCUGAUGUCCACCUAUAAUAACCUACAUGCAAGCAUCCAUGCUAAACACACCCAUGUCAAGAUUCACCACUGUGUCUCGCAAUCCUCCAGCUCAUUUGCGUGGGUAACACCAGUGUUCGAAUUUUAUUGCGUGGCAAAUGCAAAUGCGAACCGGAAUGCAUUGGCGCAGAGCGCAAGCAAGAUAAUAGAAUGGGUGCAUCAAGAAGAGGAGAGACUUUUCAUCAUUGGCGGUGCGGUAUUUUGAAUCAUUUCUGGCCCUGCAUUGAUAGAGGUAUAUACAGUUUUCUUGAAAUAUGUUCUGGUCAAAGACGUCUAGUACAAACUCGCCAAAGUGCAUCCGAUAUCAUCUCAAGCUAAGGCUACAUAAGACUUUCCUAUAUGACAAAGAUACACCUAAUGCAUCUAUACACAAGACCAU